AUGCCCCCUCCGCGUGUACGCCCUCAUACCCUGGAUCCGAGCAGACUACUGCAUAGGCAGAGUCCAAUGCCCAAUCUACGAGCAGAAUCCGUUAGCGAGUCUGAAUUCGAGAUGGACGAUGCAGGGGAAUCUGAUCGCGCUUGGGGCCAGCAACUCGACUAUGACGAUGCAGCUGGUUGGGGAAGACACCCGGACACCAUAGGAUUGGGUGCCCCUAGCUUUCGCGACACAAAGACCAAGGGAGAUAUGCGCGAUGCUGCGGGUGUGCGAGUGCGAGUGAGGAUGAGUUCAAAAUUUGUGUUGAAGAAAAGGGCCGCGAGACAGCGAGAUUGCUGGAUACUUUACCGCCGGAAUUAUUUCGGCAUUCAAAGUUCUUACAACUUGCAACCCAUCACAGACUCAUCCCCGGACGAAACGUUAUUUCUCUAUCGUAAUAACCACAAGCCGGAACCCAUCAAGACCCUCUUGAUGUGCAUGAGAGGUGUAGUGGAGACAGAGGAAGGGUCAGAGAUCAAUAUCGUGGUGUUCAACGCGAAACGGAAACCACUGCAUGAAGGAAAAGAUCCUCCACAAAUCGAACCCAAGAGAAUGAAGCCACUCGCAGGCUCCAAUAGACACUAUACAAAGUCCACAGGCGACCGCCAAGACCAUAUAAACGUGCCCAUGAACCACACCUUUCAUAGGAACCAGUUCAGGGCUGCAACGCAAAACAACGGGGCGAGAAGAACAGAGCAACAAUUCUACCACAUCCUUAUCGAGCUCAAGGCCGAAAUCAUCGUCGAUGGAGUCUCAAGACUAUUCACAGUUGCCUCCCAGAUGUCAGAACCGCUCGUCGUACGGGGUCGAUGUCCCUUGUCGUUCAAGGAAAAGGACUGCAAGGACGGCGACCCUAACCGCAAAGGAAGGAAACGUCCCCGAGACCGGGAUGGAAAUGAGAAGAAAGGGGGCUCAACCACGCAUAGCCAGAAGGAAGGACAAACGAAGGGAGCAAGCCGUGGUUCCUGUAACAAGACCGGCGAUAGCCACCGGCGAUCCACUCGGACUUCCUCCCAUCUCACAGCGUCACAUGCCAGUGUUGAUGGAGAGGGUAGUAGUGGGGAUCGACUGUCCAUCGGGUAG